GGCGACAGCCCGGAUGUGCGGACGGCGAAGAAACUGGUCUUGGACCUCUUGGACGAGCUGAGCUCCUCCAAAAGCGGCGCUGCCGCGCGCGAGCGCCGCGGGGAGGAUGGCUCCGUGGAGGAGUCCUUGGCCGUUCCCGUGGGUCGCAUUGGACACCUCAUCGGCAAGGGUGGUAAGAACAUCCAAGACUUGGAAAAGCUGACUGGUGCAAGACUGCGUGUCUUGCCGGCCGCGAAUGACGAGGAGGACGAGCAACGGCUCUUGGUCUCCGGUACACCCAAAGCCGUUGAUCUGGCAAAGAAGCACUUGCGGAAGUACAUUCCCACCCUGCCGGACGAAGUGACCGCCUCAGGCGUCCCUGAGCGCCGUAAGACGGAGACGGCCGCCGAACCACCGGCAGAACCGUCGCCGGGGGAGAGCUUGCGGGGCCGACGCGCACAGGCAGCAGAGGUCUUGGAGGCUGCUGGCCGAGCACGGAACUCGCUGAAGGAAGUGGCCAGAAGUCGCAGCAGCUCCACGUCUUCGCGCACGCGGGUGAAGCGGCUUCGGGAGCGGAAGAAAGGCAUCAGCUUGGAGGAGUACCAGGUGAUGCUCCGCAAGCAGAAGGAGUUGGAUGCCGCCGCAGCCAAGGCCGAGGAGAUGGCGGAGUCCGCUCGCGCCUUCGCCCGACGAGUGGCCGAGGAGGACCGACAGCGGGAGGAAGUGGAGGAUAGCUUUGACUGGGUGGAGGAGUCUGGCCCAUCCGCUCUGGGGCGCCUUUGUGUCACGAGCUGCGGUGCUGGCAGGGUGUCUCGGGUGGUGGUCACACCGUCGAACCGACGCUACAUCAGCUUCGAGCUCUUGGCUGGUGGAGUCCUGCAAGUGCCCGAGGAUGCAGCACUCCCCUGGCUCCGCGCUGUUGAGGGCUCUCUCGGCAGCCGAGUGAGCGCGCCGGCUGAAUGGACUGAAGGAAGCUCUCGACCCCCGAGCGGUGCGGUCUGGGUGGUCUCGGAGCUGCUGCCGCAGGGCCGGAGGUUGGCCUUCCGCUUGGUCACGCCAGCCGAACUCUUCCCGCGCUUCGUCGAGGCUGGCAGGCUUCCAGCUUGGCCACGGCUGGAGAGCGUGGUGUACCUCGUGGAGCUCUCGACCACCCCAGAGACGGUGGGUCACAUCAUGCCCUACCGGCACGACUACCGGAAGUCCGAAAAGAGCUACGCGAAAGGUGACCUCCUACUGCUGGAAGGCAGCCGUCCGGGCUUGCAGGACGUGGGCAUCGUGCGCAAGGUGCUCUAUGGCGCCAAAGGGGAGAAGGCGGCGAUGAUUGCCGCACAGAAGGAUCCGCUGAACCUCAGUGGCACUCCACGCUUGGCCUUACAGCGCUGUGGAGCCGCCGAAAAGAUCAAGCGCGAGCAGAUCACCGCUUUGGAACGGAUGGUGCUUCCUUUGUUGGCUUCCCGCUUGCCUACGGGCGCCACGGCCUUGGGUGUGGGCGCUUCCCUGGACGGCACCUUCCUGCGCUUCUUUGUGCGGCUCCCGCCAUCGACCGAAGCGAAGGGAGCCGACCAGGAGUCUCCAGCCGCACAAGGCGCUGCUGCGGCGGCAGCGGCAGUGGGAGCAUUGCUCGGCUGCCUGUCUGAGGUCUUUGCUUCUUUCGGUGCUGAACCCUUGCCUCAGCCGAAGGAAGUGACCACCAAGGAAGUACAAGAAAAGAGAAAGAAGGCCAGAGAUAAGGUCUUGAAAGCUGCACGAAAGAAGGCCAAAGAGAAGAAAGCCUCCUCGAAAUCCUCGUCUUCUUCCAGCUCCUCAUCCGAUGAGUUCCUCCUUGCCAUGGCCAAGAGAGGUGAUAAGGCGCUGGCCCGAGUCGCUCAAGCGGAAGAGAGGGCCGAGAAGGUUCACCACAAAGAAGAAGCUGCUGAACUGAGGAACCUGGUUUAGCUGGUGAAUAGUAGAGAAGCUGUUUUGAGACCCGGGCUGAGUUUGAGACUGGGCCGCUGCUUCCCUGAGCGCCUGAGCACGGCGAGGGACAGCCAUGAGUAGAAGAUUCCCCGAACCGGGAGAUCAAGAACACUCCGAGGAAUUCGAAGCAGAGCCUCAGGAUGGGAGAACUCCUCAUGGGGAUUCCCUAGCAGACGAAGAGUAUGCCUUUCUCACUGCAGAGUCAAAGAUGGAAGAGAAGGCUCCUCCUGUUGCCGCUCCUGCCCCUCAGAUCUUAAAUCGCCUGGACCGCAUGGAAGCAAUGAUUUCUUCGCUGUCGAAUAUGUAGCAUCAUUGAAGACUUCUACAACUCCUGAACGGAAACCAGCUUUGAAACAUCGUGCAACUCCUUUAGCGCACGCUGUAGAGCCUCUGAUUUCGAGUCUUCUAGGCUUGGACCCUUC